GAAUUCAUCUAAAAACAACUAAGCACCUUGAACUUUACUUUGCUAAUAUUGCCAGCCUCUAUUUUCUUAUUAAUAUAGCUGUUCUAACAAAAUAUAACCUCAAUAUUACUGUUAGCUCAGGAAAUUUUAUCUCUUUUCACUAUAAAACAAAACAUUGCAGUCAAAGUUCAACUCAUUCAUCAUUACAUAGUAUAGGAGAUUUCAUUAAUUCUACAAAAGUUCCUGCCUACAAUAUUUCCAUCCAGCAAUUAUCAAAAAGAAACGAAAAUUUAGCAACUAAUCAAGUGAUAGCUAACCAAGCAGCAAGUGAUCAAGAGGCAACUAACCAAGAGACAACUAAUCUAGCAGCAACUAACCAA